ACUCAGAAGCAGCCAAUAUCCUCGCCAACGAAGACCGAACUGACUUUACUGGAGGGAACACAACCUGUGGAAGGUGAAGCGAGAACUCUAACAACAGUGAAGGAAUGGGAUGCAGCGUAUGAGACGGAAGAAAGUCUUCUUCCAGGUGAAGAUAAGGAACAAUUCGUGAUUGAAUCAGAAGAAUAUGAGGCUGAGACACAGAAGCAGCCAAUAUCCUCACCGACGAAGACUGAGCUGACUUUAUUGGAGGGAACACAACCUGUGGAAGGUGAAGCGAGAACUCUAACAACAGUGAAGGCAUGGGAUGCAGCGUAUGAGACGGAAGAAAGUCUUCUUCCAGGUAAAGACGAGGAACAAUUCGUGAUAGAAUCAGAAGAAUAUGAGGCUGAGACUCAGAAGCAGCCAAUAUCCUCGCCAACGAAGACUGAACAGACUAUAUUGGAAGAGAGACAACCUGUGGAAGGUGAAGCGAGAACUCUAACAACAGUGAAGGAAUUGGAUGCAAGAUAUGAGACCGACAGAAGUCUUCUUCCAGAUAAAGGGGAGGAACAAUUUGUGAUAGAAUCAAAAGAAUAUGAGGCUGAGACUCAGAGGCAGCCGAUAUCCUCGCCAACGAAGACUGAGCUGACUUUAUUGGAGGGAACACAACCUGUGGAAGUUGAAGCGAGAACUCUAACAACAGUGAAGGAAUUGGAUGCAGCGUAUGAGACGGAAGAAAGUCUUCUUCCAGGUAAAGACGAGGAACAAUUCGUGAUAGAAUCAGAAGAAUAUGAGGCUGAGACUCAGAAGCAGCCGAUAUCCUCGCCAACGAAGACUGAACCGAUUUUACUGGAGGGGACAGAACCUGUAGAAGGUGAAGCGAGGACUCUAACAACAGUGAAGGAAUGGGAUGCAACGUAUGAGACGGAAGAAGGUAAGGAAGAAGGUCUUCUUCCAGGUAAAGACGAGGAACAAUUCGUGAUAGAAUCAGAAGAAUAUGAGACUGAGACUCAGAAGCAGCCGAUAUCCUCGCCAACGAGGACUGAACAGACGUUACUAGAUAGUACUCAACCUCUGGAAGGUGAAGCGAAAAUUCUCACAACAGUGGAGGAAUUGGAUGUUACAUAUAAGACGGAAAAACCUCUUUCUGUAGGGGAAGGCGAAGAGCUUUCAGUGAUAGAAUCAGAAGAUUACGUAACCGACCGCCAAAGACGUCUUCUGCCUUCGCCAACAAAAAUUGAAGGCGAGGAGGUAAAAGCUCCAUUCACAAUGGAGCUUCCCGUGGAAAAAGAUGCAGAUAGUCGCUCUUAUGACAUGGCAGAGCGAAAGGAACCUCCUCUCCAAAUGGUUAAUGAAGAGGCUCUUGAGAAUGUUGUCAGACUGACGUUCAGGGACACUGAUGAGUUGGAUUCGCCUGAAAAGCAAUCAACACUAGCGCCAUCAUCGUAUCCCGAUGAGCAACUCCCGAUUGCUGGUGAUGAAGAGUGGAAGGUUUAUGACAACAAAGGUGAAGUUCUCGAGGAGUUUUCCAAUCAGCUGACCCAAGAGCUAAUCUUGGAAGCUGAAAGUAAUGCAAGCAUACAACCAUCGCAUUCACCUCCCAUGGUGAUAAAACAGGAAUCCAGUAAUGAUGUCAUGUUGGAGCAUGAAGUAGACUACCAAUCAGAUCUGCAGGAAAAAUUAGAUAUUCUAGCCGAAGAGAGUCGGGGGAAAGUGGUUCCUGUCCAAGACGAUCAACUUGAAGUAAUCAACGAGACUGAACACGAGCAUGAACCUGAGGAGGAACACGACAUUGAACAAGCGGCGACCCGUCUUGCAGACGAAGCUAUUAAUGCUGCUCUCGAGCAUCAAGAAGAUGCAAAGACGCUUACCUCAACUUCUGAAUCUAACGUUUAUCACACUGCUACUGAACAAUCUAAAGAUGAUCAAUACGACACCUGCGUAACUUCUCAGGACACCUACGAUUCGGCUCAAGAGUGGACUUCUCAAGAAUCAGAAUACACUACUGCAGCUAGCGGAGCCACAAGCCGAUUAAGCGAAGCCGAAGAAAGACAUGGCAGCGUCACUCCGUUGGCCAUAUUAUCUCCUGUUGACUCUGACCGCCAAUUCACGGCUAAUCAGGAUUUCGACGAUGUCGUCCCUAUUCGGCGUUUCGGUAUUGACGAUACGGCGAGAUCUACUCCAGACGUGCCUCUUCAAGUAACAAUUGAAGAGGAGGAGGAGGAAUCGGAGUCAACCUUGCCGACCAGUCCAAGUGGAAUCCUUCUUGCUCCUCAAAUGGACCCAGGUCGACCUGUUUCUCCGGUACCUCCAAGUCGACAAGUCGAAGAAGAUGAAGAAUUUUUCGUCUUCGUAGAAAAGGUCGAUGACAAAGAACGCGAGCAGUUGGUAGGUGAUGAGCAGAAAACAGAAAAGGAAUCUCCGAAAGCAGAAACGCCACUCGACAGUAAAAGCGAAAAGACAUACACUCGUCAGUAUUCGGAUAUGUCUUCAGAAAGCCGUGCUGACACUGUAAUACAUCAUGAGAAAGGAGAUACCGAGACUGUUGCAGAUGCAGAAGAAUUCAGAUCGUCUUAUGAGCCAAUGUCAGGUUCAUCGGAAUCAUUAGAUAAAACAUCCGCUAGAAGCAGUACUGCAGAGAAAAGAGACACUUCGUCUAGUGCUUCUCCACCCAAAGAAAGCGAAGAGAUUCUAGAACCAGAGCAGAUAACGGAAUCACCGUCUUCAGAAGAUUCCGCAAAAGAAAAGACAAGUGAUAAUGAAGAAGGAUUCGUGAUCUGCUCCUUUAUGGAAGACACUCCAAUUGUGGAAGGUGAACUGGAAACAGUUGAGGAAGAACCCGAAGAUGUAGAAUCCGUUAACGGUAGUGGUAACUCCUCUGUUGGAGUGCCAUCAGAUUCUCUUGCUCUAAUUGGAAAGUAUAAACAUGUAUCGAGCGAUAACGUUUCGCUAACGAGCCUCCAAGAGUUUGAGCGUCUAGAACAAGUGGUCAUCAAUCGAGGAGAAGCUAGUCUCAGUGCCAGCGAGAUAGAAUUGUAUGCUGCCGGAAAACUUCGGUCAGGUGAAGGAUCCGUUAGCUCUUUGGCUGAAUUUGAGAAGUUGGAGAAAGAGCUCGCAGCAAACAUAUCUCCUCAAGAAGAUGCUGCCAUGUUACCUGAAAUCCGUGAGGAAUCUGAGGUAGAAGACAUGAGCGUACGUGAUGAUGACGAAGAAGAUCACUCAGAGACAGAGGUGAAAACAAGACCAAUUGACGAAGAAGAUUUACGAGCAGCAACACCUAUUGCAUCACCGGUAGAUUCGUUGGAACGUGAACCAAUACCGGUGUCCAGCUUGCCAAUUUUGGAGACUAGCACCGAUUCUCUUGAACCCUCAUAUGAACGGAUCGAAACACAAACUCAAAGAGACAGUGAUACAUCUUCACUUGCAGAAUACGAGGUGAUUACCCGUUUGGGAGAAAGUGAAAGAGAUUCAUUGGAAAAUAUUCCUCACGAACGAGAUUCGUUACUUGAGGGUGCUAGUCAGGAUAUUAUGACAAGUCAAGAUACCCAAGCAUUACUCAGCGGAGAUACCGUUGGAACAUAUCAAGAACACGACGAUGACGAUAGAGACUCACUUGGUGGCGAUAUGGACACGAUGCUUCGUGACUAUCCGACCACCUUGACCACUUUCGAAACGACAGCAAUCAGACCUGACGGAACAGUACAAACCAUCUCACGCAGAGUAGAAACACGGGUACGUGACCCAGUAAUGAGUCACGUAACGUUUACCGGUACGGAAAGCGAGGAGCGUGUGCGUGAGUUACCACUGGAGGAACAGUUUGAGACGGUUGACGCCGAAGGCAACGUCACGCGCACCGUAUGCCGACGAUAUUCACCGCCUCAUCCAUAG